AUGUUAGCCAAGGUUUCUCUAACGCGAAGUCCUCCAGCGAAGGAUGGUGAUGAUCAGGAAGUGGGAUUGUUGCUGACAUCAUAUGAUCACACACUCAUUGUCAAAAAAAUCUCCCGUGAGGAGGUGGAAGACAUGCACAAUAUCCUUUCAGAAUACCACCAGCAUAUCGUAACAUGUCAUGGUAGCACACUCCUUCCUCAGUUCCUUGGCAUGUACCGUGUGACUGUAGACAAUGAAGACACAUACUAUCUUGUAGUCAUGAGGAAUAUGUUCAGUCAUCGGCUCAAUGUCCACAGGAAAUAUGACCUCAAGGGGUCCUUGGUUUCUCGAGAAGCUAGUGAUAAAGAGAAGAUAAAAGAUGAAGCAAUCAUGGUGACAGCGUGCCUCAGAUCCAACAUGCAGCGAGUGUAUAUCAGUGAAGAGGAGAAAGAAAAGCUUUUAGAUAAACUACACAGGGACGUAGAGUUUCUUGUGCAUUUAAAGAUCAUGGACUACAGUUUGCUGCUGGGCAUUCAUGAUGUCGGAAGGGCAGAGUGAGAGCAAGAUGGAGAAAUGAAAGAUUCUUGGAGUGAAGAGGAAGAGGAAACAGAGAAUAACCUGUCCCGUUCAGCUGUGGGGUCUCCCGGUACCUCCUUGGAGGGUAUUGCCGGGUACAUGAACUCUUACAAACCUCUCAACCCGGGAGAGUUUGAUCCUUACAUUGGUAAGUAUGCCAUCCAGAGUGCAGCUGGUGCCCCACAAAGAGAGGUUUACUUCAUGGGCCUUAUAGAUAUUCUGACCCAGUAUGACACCAGGAAGAAAGCUGCCCAUGCGGCAAAAACAGUCAAGCAUGGAGCUGGAGCAGAGAUUUCUACAGUUCAUCCUGAACAAUAUGCCAAGCGGUUUCGAGAUUUCAUCGCAAACAUCUUUGCUUACUGA